AAUGGAUGCGAACUGCACAUUAUUGAAGAAGUUGAAGUGAAUAAGGAGUUUACGAAACCUUACGUUACACCUGUUAGUAAAACAGUUUUAAUCGAACAAUUAAAGUAUUUAUAUUUUAAAUAUAAUAAAUAUUAAUUCAACACCUGCGAGGAACCGUUCAGGUCUUCAUAAAUCUACUUUCUUCAACUCUCCGUCAAACUCACAAUGACUUCGUUAAACCCAGUACGUGUUUUAAAACAAGAAGCCGAAGAAGAAAAGGCCGAAACAGCCAGGUUAUCAAGUUUCGUCGGCGCCAUAGCUGUCGGUGACUUGGUCAAAAGUACUCUUGGACCUAAAGGAAUGGAUAAAAUUUUAGUUUCGAUGGGACGUAACCAUGGCCUAGUCGAAAUCACGAACGACGGUGCCACCAUUCUAAAAUCAAUCGGUGUAGAUAAUCCGGCCGCUAAAAUUUUAGUCGAUAUGGCUAGAGUUCAAGACGACGAAGUAGGAGAUGGAACUACUUCGGUCACAGUAUUCGCUGCCGAAUUAUUACGCGAAGCUGAGAAAUUAGUGGCUCAAAAAAUCCAUCCUCAAACUAUAAUCGCUGGUUGGAGACGAGCUGUGCAAAUCGCGUUAGAAGCUCUAUCAAGAAAUUCUUUAGAUAAUAGCGGUAAUAACGAGAAAUUUGAAGAAGAUUUACUCAACAUUGCUCGCACAACUUUAAGUUCAAAGAUUCUUUCCCAGCAUAAAGAACAAUUCUCCAAACUUGCUGUGCAAGCUGUUCUCCGUUUAAAAGGUUCCGGCGAUCUAUCAGCCAUCCAAAUAAUUAAAAAGAAAGGCGGUUGCCUAGAAAAUUCGUUUUUGGACGAUGGUUUCUUACUCGACAAAAAAAUCGGCCAGCAUCAACCCAAAAGAAUUGAAAACGCUCGUAUUUUGAUCGCCAAUACUCCCAUGGAUACCGAUAAAAUUAAAGUAUUCGGAUCCAAAGUGAAAGUCGACUCGAUGGCUAAAAUAGCCGAUAUUGAAUUAGCCGAAAAAGAGAAAAUGAAAGAUAAGGUUAAUAAAAUCUUGAAACACAAAUGCAACGUAUUCAUCAACAGGCAAUUGAUUUACAACUACCCGGAACAAUUAUUCGCCGAUGCCGGUGUUAUGGCUAUUGAACAUGCUGAUUUCGAUGGAGUCGAGCGUCUUGCGCUUGUAACCGGUGGCGAAAUCGUUUCCACGUUUGAUGAUCCCGAACGUGUAAAAUUGGGUCAAUGCAGCUUAAUCGAAGAAGUUAUGAUUGGCGAAGAUACUUUAUUACGGUUUUCCGGAGUUCAAUUAGGCGAAGCUUGUACUAUUGUGAUUCGUGGUGCUACUCAGCAGAUCAUCGAUGAAGCCGAUCGUUCUCUCCACGAUGCUCUUUGCGUACUGGCUACUACAGUUCGCGAAACCAAAGUUGUAUUCGGUGGUGGUUGCAGUGAGAUGUUGAUGGCAUGCGCUGUCAACGCUGAAGCGGCUAAAACACCGGGUAAAGAAGCUGUGGCUAUGGAAUCGUUCGCUUUCGCUUUACAAAUGUUACCUACUGUUAUUGCCGAUAAUGCUGGUUACGAUUCGGCUCAAUUAGUCAGCGAAUUACGAGCUGAACACACGUGCGGAAAUAAUACCGCUGGAUUAGAUAUGGAAGUUGGAAGAAUCGGUUGUAUGAAGAAAUUAGGUAUUACAGAAUCAUUCGUAGUGAAACAACAAAUGCUUCUGUCCGCUUCUGAAGCUGCCGAAAUGAUCCUUCGUGUUGAUAAUAUCAUAAGAGCUGCGCCUAGAAAACGUGUCGCUGAUCGUGGUCGAUGUUAAAAUUAUUGCUGCCGUUUUAUUUUUUACUAAAAUUAAGAACGAACUAAUUGUAUUUAACAUUACUUCACAUUCUUACUUGUUUAAAUCCUGUUUUUACAUCCCAGAUUUAUUUAACAUUAUUUAUUUAAGCCUUCGCGUCGAAACCGUCGUAUUUCUUCGUAAGCAAAUAAUUUUUAUACAAAAUUUCCGUUUUUUUUUUAUUUUUAAAAAUUAUAUUUUGUAUUAAUUUCCUGCAAAUAGAUAAAUUCAUCGAAAAGUA